GUCGAGCUCCGAGAUUGUUUUCGGUUUCUGAACUCCCACUCGUACCAACACCUCCCUCGUCGCUCCAGACAUCGACUAGAAUCGACACACCAUGGCGGCAGAACACAAAUUCACGCAGGAGCCGCACAAGCUUCUAGUCAUCCCUGGACCCAUCGAGGUCUCCGACGAUGUUCUGUACGCCAAUGCGCACCCUUCGAUGUCGCACGUUUCCCCGGACUUCAUCCCGGUCCUGGGCGAUUGUAUACGGAUGACGAGGGAGAUCUUGUACACCACCACCGGCCAGCCGUUCUUGAUCGCUGGAUCUGGCACGUUGGGAUGGGAUCAGGUAUCCUCGAACCUUGUUGAGCCCGGGGAGAACGCGCUGGUAUUGCACACCGGCUACUUCGGCGACAGCUUCGCAGAAUGUCUCGAGGUCUACGGCGCGAACGUCGAUCAGCUAAAGGCGAAGAUCGGUGCUGUCUCCACGACGGCGGAGAUCGAGAACGCGCUCAGGGCGAAGAAGUACAAGAUCGUGACGAUCACGCACGUCGACACCUCGACGGGCGUCCUGUCCGACGCGAGGGGCAUCGCGGAAACUGUCCGCCGCGUGUCCCCUGAUACUCUCGUCGCCUUGGAUGCGGUCUGCUCCGUAGCCAGCGAAGAGAUCCAAUUCGACGCGUGGGGCCUCGACGUGGUGCUUACCGCGAGCCAGAAGGGUCUCGGCACGCCCCCGGGAUUGAGCAUCCUGGUGGCGAGUCAGAGGGCUAUCAAGGUUUGGGAGACCCGGAAGGCGCCCCCGACGUCCUUCUACGCUAGCUGGAAGAAAUGGCUGCCCAUCAUGCGGGCGUACGAGGCCGGCAACGCGAUGUACUUCGCGACGCCGCCAGUGCAGCUCAUCUACGCCUUCCACGCCUCGCUGAGCGCGAUCACCAAGGGCUCGCCCUCGCUCGAGCACCGCUUUGCGGCGCACAAGGAGGCGGCGAGGCGCGUUAGGGCGGCGGGCGCGGAGCUCGGGUUGAAGACGCUCGCGCUGGAGGAGGGGUUCACGGCGAACGGCAUGACCGCGUUGUACUUCCCCGAGGGGUUGAGCGCGGCGGACGUGAUACCGAGGUUGGGAGCGAGGGGCGUGAUCGUCGCGGCGGGGUUGCACAAGGAGAUCAAAGACAAGUACUUCCGUAUUGGACAUAUGGGAGUUACGGUCGUGGAGCCGAGUCGCGGCGAUAUCGACAGGAUCGUCUCAGGGCUCAAGGAGGUCAUCGCGGAAGCGCGCGCCGCCAAGAACGCGUAAGCAUCCCGCAGGUUCAGGAGUGCUAGGAAAUACCGAACUGAUGAAACCAACGUGAAACGAACCAUCGGGAUAUGUAACAAACUUAGUAAACUGUAGUUUAUGACGCAUAUAUACACUGUAGGGAUACGUAGGAGAUCAUUGUGUACAGUGUGUAUACUUCGCGGGCCGUCGGCUCCCGAGACGGCGCGCUCCUGCGCGCGUAUUGCCUGAAAAGGAAAAAGCGUGGCGCCAUUCUG